UUCCACCCCCUCCCUGCCGCCCCAAAUCAGCCGGCUAUGCUAAUCUUUCAGGCCUCUUCUUUCUGCUGCUGCUGCUGCUUUUUUGCUAUCGCACAAGGUUGCGGCUGUGUGUAGGAGUGUCUGUGUCAGGGAGAGAGCCAAGAAAAGGAAGCAAGUUCUUUCCCCAUCUCUUCUCAUUCACUCAACUCUCCCUGUCUCUUCGGAGAGGUUGCCUCUCUCGAGUAAGCAAGAAGUUAACUCUCCUGAGUAAGCAAAUUUACUGUAGGGUCUGAGUAGACUCAUCGGGGCUCAGAAGUUGAAGGAACGCAAGACUGAACCAAGGAGAAGAAGAAGAAAAAAAAUAGCUGUUCCUCCGACAUCAGGGGAGCAGAGCUGAGGAAGAAUUGCAAUUUUGCCCAGCCAGACCCGGGAAAACCAAAUUAAUGCAGGAAUUUUGAAAGGGGACAGGGUGUGGUGUGUGUGUGAAAUUCCCUGGGACAGUCCCUCAAAUUGCCUCCCUUUUUCUUCUUCUUUUUCAAUGAUACAGAGAAAUGUUUUGAGUUGAGGAAUUAUUCCAGACUUUUGGCAGGAGUUUCGGACACGCCGUGGGGAAGGGAGAACCACUUUGGAUCUAUCGCUGGCCUGACCCUCUUGGGUGCUGACUUCACGGUGGAUUUCUUUCGUCACUUGUUUUCGGACUCCAGCGACAAUUUCUUCGGCCGCUUUUUAAGGAUUGGGUGAAGGCGGAAUCCUACUGCUGCUGCUGCUGCUGCUCGGGAAGAGAGCUGAUUUUCCCAACAGAUUUUUCUGGAUUUUUUUUUUUUUUUACUCCCCUCUUCGUCUUCCACCGAUGAGCCACUAAGCUGGGAGAAGAUGGAGCAAGUUUGCUGGUGUUUCCUCGCUGCUCUGCUGGCCUGCUCAAUGGGCAUCAGCCACACCCAGGAAGCUGGAUACUUCCAAGAAAGUCCUUCAAACUUGACCUUGUCUUUGGGGAAGGACGUAAAACUCUCCUGCUCCAUCCUGGCCCUGGGCGAGGCACCGGAGAUCAACUGGCUGAGGGAUGGAGAGGCCUUCGAAUUUGCUGAUAUUAACCAGAUGCAGGUGCCUUUGGAAGAGGGAGAAUGGGAGACAACCAGCGAACUGAGCAUCUCUUCCCUCCAGGUUUCUGACAUGGGAAAUUACCAGUGUGUGGCCUGGGUGAACGGAUCUGAAAUUGUUUCCGAAGGAGCUUAUCUGAAGUUAGAAGGUCUCCCCCUCUUCUCCGAGGAGCCCCAAGAUCUGGAGAUCACAGCCGAUACCCCGUUCAACCUCAGCUGCAGAGCGCAGGGACCCCCAGAUCCUGUCUUGGUGAUCUGGUUGCAGGACAGCGUUCCCGUUAACUCGCUGGCGGAUCCCCUGGCCCAGACCCCGUCCGUCUUGGGGGUGAGAGGGCUGAAUCACAGCGCCUCCUUCUCGUGCGAAGCCCACAAUGCCAAGGGAGUCAGCACAUCCCGAACCGCAGUAGUAAAAGUGUUACCUGGACAGCCCCGUGACUUAUCUGCUGCCCAUCGCAGUGACCACAGCUUGGAGGUGACGUGGGAGCCCGGUUUUAGCGGCGCUUAUGCGCAGGAGUUCUGCACCAUCCAGGCUGUGCGCUCCGAUGAAGACCUCAGCACCGUUUCUGACGAGCUGUAUAACCGCAAGAUCCGCGUCCCGCCUUUUCGCCACACACUGAACAGCCUGGCAGCCUUCACCACCUACCAUGUGCGCGUGGCCUGCCACUGCACGGAGGGCCACUCGCCCUGGACUCACUGGGUGCCCAUGGACACCUUGGAAGGGGUGCCUGCAGCCGCCCCGGAGGACAUUGUGACUAUUCAGAAUGGCAGCUGCACCAUCAUCCAGUGGGGGGAACCCCGGGGCAAGAUCAACGGGAUCCUUCAGGGGUACAAGCUGGUUUGUCAAAGCGGGGACUCGCCCGAGGUGAUCGUGGACGUGGGACUGACCAACCAGACAGUUUUGUCUCUGAACUCAACUGUACAGAACUUAACCGUACGGAUUGCAGCCUACACCAGUGCUGGAGACGGACCCUGGAGCAAAGCCAUCACAAUCUUCCCCUUGGAACCAGGUGAAAUACUACCAGCUCCUCAGUCAGUAGGACUCUCUGUCCCUGCCUUCUCCUGGCACUGGUGGUACGUGGUGAUCGCGGUGGCCACUGCUGUGGCAGCCACCAUCUUCAUCAUCAUCUUCUUAGCACGUAUGAGGAAGAAGGAAACACGUUACGGGGAAGCAUUUGAGCCCAACAUGGAACAGGGGGAGCUGGUGGUUCACUAUCGGGCCCGCAAAUCGUACAGCCGCCGGACCACUGAAGCUACUUUGAACAGUCUGGGCAUUAGUGAAGAACUGAAGGAGAAGCUUCAGGAUGUAAUGAUUGACCGCCAUAGGGUGGCCCUGGGCAAGACCCUUGGCGAAGGAGAAUUCGGCUCGGUUAUGGAAGGUCAACUCAGCCAAGAUGGCGCCGUCUUUAAAGUUGCGGUCAAGACAAUGAAGAUUGCCAUAUGCACCCGGAGCGAGAUGGAGGACUUCCUCAGUGAGGCCGUUUGUAUGAAGGACUUUGACCAUCCCAACGUCAUGAAACUGAUCGGCGUCUGUCUGCAGAACACAGAAAGUGAAGGAUACCCCUCCCCUGUGGUGAUCUUGCCGUUCAUGAAACACGGAGAUCUGCAUAGCUUCCUGCUCUACUCCCGGCUUGGGGAGAGUCCUGUGUACCUGCCCACGCAGACCCUGGUUAAGUUCAUGGUGGACAUUGCAAGUGGAAUGGAGUACCUCAGUAGCAAGAACUUCAUUCAUCGCGAUUUGGCGGCCCGCAACUGCAUGCUGAACGAAAGCAUGACAGCCUGCGUGGCCGAUUUUGGCCUCUCUAAGAAGAUCUACAACGGGGAUUAUUACCGCCAAGGUCGUAUCUCCAAGAUGCCGGUGAAAUGGAUUGCCAUCGAGAGCCUGGCAGACCGCGUUUACACUACCAAGAGCGACGUGUGGUCCUUUGGAGUCACCAUGUGGGAAAUCGCCACACGAGGCCAGACGCCUUAUCCGGGGGUGGAGAACAGUGAAAUUUACGACUACCUACGUCAAGGCAACCGCCUCAAGCAGCCGAUUGACUGCCUGGAUAGUCUGUAUGAGCUGAUGAUGAGCUGUUGGGCGCUGAACCCCCGCGACCGUCCCACUUUUGAAAUCCUCUCUCAGGAGCUGGAGAAGACCCUCAAGUCCCUCCCCCCGCCCAAAGACCCUGAGGAGAUCCUAUACGUCAACAUGGACGACGGGGUGGCUCCCGCCGAGGCGGAGCUGGGGGCCGUCGGAGGCUUGGGCCCCGAGGAAGCCCUGGCCAAAGAGAGCCAGCUGCUGAAGGCCAUGGUGACCUCAGCCGAGGUCCAUCCCCCGCAGGCGAUGGGCCGCUACGUGAUGUGUCCCACUCCCCUGGAAAACAGCCGGCUCUUGACCGAGACCCUCAGCUGUGCCGCCACUGAAGAAGGCGCCUAAAAAAGAGAAGAUCUGCAAGCCCCCCCCCCCAGCUGAGUGUUUGUGUAGAUGUUGCAAGACACCCUACUCGUGACACCAGCCCCCCACCUGUCUGCCUCCAAGAGGGGACUUCCAAAGACAAACUUUUGAGAGACCCACAGCCAUCCUUCUUCCCACAAGGAAUCGCUCUCCUGAUUCUGCUGAGCUUUUCCCCAUGCUGAGAUAACAUGCGGUCCACCUCACCUGCUCAUGUCACCCGGACAGAGUCAUGUUCAGCUGCCCCCCCCCCCAAUCCGUGGUUCUCAUUUACGUCCAGCUAUUUCACUGCCCCGAUUCUCUGCUCAUCACCAUGGAGUGUAUUGUGCCAGCUGGCACCAAAGGACAAAUGAAGCAGAGGAUCAUCGCUCCAGCUCUAAACCUGAGUUUGAAUGGAGUAGAGUGAUUUGUUUGUUUGUUUGUUUGUUUUUCAUCUGAUGGACUUUUUAUAGCCCAGUUGCUUCUUGAGAAACAUUUCUGACACCCGGAUCUGGCUCUGGGUGAACUUAAUCCCAAGAGAAGCGUUCUGUGUGGGCAGCCACCGUACUUUCGGACCGCUGGUUACAGACCACACCUGGAAUGCAGCAUUUGGCCCAUACGCUAAUCUAGUUAGUUGGACUUUUAAGUUUGGCUCCGUUCUGCUCUCAAAGACCACUCCAGGAUUUCCUCCACAGCUUACGGGGAGUCUUGAGAAGACCCAAGUCUUGCCAGCAUUUUAGUUUAGCCAUAAGUCAACCGUGCAGAAAGCGGAUCUCUGGAGAGCCCUUUCAGACCGAGGAUUCUGCAAAGGCAAAAGGCCUAAGAGAAGCUGGAAGGGACCUCGGAGGUCCUCUAGUCCAACCCCCUGCUCAAGCAGGAAACUCUAUACCGUUUCAGACAAAUGGUGGUCCAAUCUUUUCUUUAAAACCUCCAGGGCCUAUCCAGAGGAGGAUCUCAGGAUGGCUAAAAUUGAGUCCCAACCCUCGCCCUUCUCUGCUGAGGGGGGGGGGGGAAUGAAGAGGUUUUUUUUCUUCCUUUUUUUGCAAGGCUUUUGCAGAAACGAGAGACGGACCCCUUGCAUUGACUAGGUAGGAAGUGACCCUGAGGAAAAACCCCAUCUCAGUUUCUUCCUGGGAAAGUCUUUACCUUCAACAGCUGCAGGAAGAUGAAAAUAACCACUGGUGUGUUUUCUCCUUCACCAUUUUGCUGUCUUGGGAAAAACCCAACCUGGACAAUCCCGGCCAAUGGUGAUAAUGUGACUUUCCAGCAUGAAUGUAGCUGAUUAUGUCAUACCAAACCCUAUUUCCCAACCGUGGCAACUCGAAGCCCUAUGAAUGUCAACUCCUAGAAUUCCCCAGCCAGCAUUGAUUGACUGAGGAAUUCUGGGAGCAGAAGUCCACACCUCUAAAAGUUCAUUAGCAUGCUGGCUGAGGAAUUCUGGGAGUUGAAGUCCACACAUUUUAACGCUCGCUAGCAUGCUGGUUGAGGAAUUCUGGGAGCUGAAAUCCACACAUCUUAACGCUCGCUAGCAUGCUG